CGUCACUAGAAUGACCGGCUGUUGUGCCUGCACCAGUGGUGAACUCGACUUUACUGGUUACCUUCGUCUAACCUGCUUCUUGUAUUCGGGCCUGGCUCAUUAUUCGGAAUGAGAGCAGCGCUGCAAAUUCCGCUGCGGACACCCCAGGCCGAUCCGUCGGCGGCGGUGGUCGCGCAACACUUGACCUCGUGGGCCAACUCGUCAAUUGUCCAGUCGUCUUGGUCGAGAUCGCCUUCUUCCAUCCGGUCACGAUGCUAUUACAGAAGCGCUUCACGGAUUCUCUCGCCCUCGGCUGGGAGGAACUUCUCGACGGGCUUCUGCCGUCGAUCUACAAAUGCGAACAGCAGUCACGGCGCCGGGGCGCGUCCGACCAGGUCACAGAGGAAGCUCGUUAAAUAUGCAGUUGCAGGCAGUGUGGCUAGUGCUGGGUAUCUCUUCUACGCGGACGAAAUCAAGCAUUUGUAUCGCGCAGCAGAGAGGAGCGGAAGAGUGGUCGGUACGCUGGCCGUCUGUAUCAACGAUUAUCGGAAAACCCUGAAUCAAGACUCCCUUUCCCCGGAAGAACAGGCCGCGUCCCUCCGAGCGUGCCACAAGCGUUGUGCAGAAAGAACACUCCGCGUGCUGGAGAAAAAUGGAUCCAUCUUCAUCAAGCUGGGGCAGCAUCUGAGCAGCAUGGGAUAUCUGCUUCCCCUGGAAUGGACGACAACCUUCAUCCCGCUCCAAGACAAAUGCCCGGUCUCAUCCAUUGAAUCGGUGGGCGACAUGUUCCUGUGCGACACAGGCCAUCCAAUCGAUGAACUUUUCUCCUCGUUCGAUCCUUCACCUAUUGGCGCUGCUUCUCUGGCCCAGGUCCACGUUGCGACCCUUAAGGAAACCGGACAAAAGGUCGCUGUUAAGGUGCAGCACCCGGCGUUGGCGGAAUGGGUCCCUCUUGAUCUGGCAUUGACCCGGUUUACGUUCUCCAUGCUGAAGCGCUUCUUCCCCGACUAUGAUCUAGAGUGGCUAUCGAGAGAAAUGGAUUUGUCACUGCCGCAGGAACUCGAUUUCCGUAUGGAGGCGCAGAAUGCGAACCGGGCUCGAGAAUACUUCCAAUCACACUCCAAUAUGCCACUAGUCAUCCCAGAAGUGAUGUGGGCGCAAAAGAGAAUUCUUGUCAUGGAAUUCAUUGCCGGCCGCCGGCCCGACGAUCUGGAGUUCCUCGACUCGAACGGAAUCGACCGUGACGAGGUCUCCGCUGCCCUGGCACACAUCUUCAACGAAAUGAUCUUCGGCGACAAUGCUCCGCUGCACUGCGAUCCCCAUGGCGGAAACAUUGCCAUCCGCCCGAAUCCCACCAGACGCCACCCGAAUUUUGAUAUCAUCCUAUACGAUCACGGCCUAUACCGCGACAUCCCUCAAGAGCUGCGUCGCAACUACGCCAAGCUCUGGCUCGCUGUCAUUGACGCGGACGAGGCCCGCAUGCGGCAGUACGCACGCGCGGUCGCGGGCAUCUCGGACGAGCAGUUCCCGCUCUUCGCGAGUGCCAUUACUGGCCGAGAUUACGGCGUCUUAGUGAAGAAGAACGUGGCAUCGGCACGCACCGACGCCGAAAAGGAGAACAUCACCGGCGCUCUCGGCGAGGGCAUGCUACAGCAGCUCGUCGAACUCCUAGGGCAAGUCCCGCGGGUCAUUCUCUUGAUCCUCAAAACAAAUGAUCUCACCCGCAGCCUGGACGAAAACCUGCAAACCCGACGGGGACCUGUGCGGACAUUCCUCAUUCUAGCCCGAUACGCCACCCGCACCGUCUUUGACGAGCAGUGCGAAGCCAUCCGCGAAGACGGCGGCGUCUGGCUCCGGCCGCAGAACUGGCUUCGCUUCCUCUGCGCCUGGGCGGGCUAUCUACGCGUGGAACUCAAACUGUCCAUCUACGAGACGGUCCUUGCGCUGAAAUCUCGUCUCGGGGUAGCCAACUGAUUUGGAUCUUUCAACUUCCCCAAACUCCCUGUACAAAACAUAUACAACGUACACUCCCUGUACAUGGUCCCUAUCUGUUUGCAUCAGCGACGGCGUCUGUAUCUCUUGUUUUUUUUUUUUUU